AUGCUGGCUGGCGAAAAGACUAAGCGCACCAAGAAAGUCGGCAUCACCGGAAAGUACGGUGUUCGUUACGGUUCCUCGCUUCGUCGCCAGUGCAAGAAGCUCGAGAUCCAGCAACACGCUCGUUACUCCUGCCCCUUCUGCGGCAAGACUGCCAUCAAGCGCAGAGCUACUGGUAUCUGGAACUGCGCUGGCUGCAACAAGACUAUUGCCGGCGGUGCUUACAACUUGGCCACUGCUGCUGCCACCACUGCCAGAACCACUCUCAAGCGUCUGAGAGAUCUUGCUGAGGCUUAA